CUAUACCGAUACAAUAAUGCAUAGUUAUUUAAUUUACGUUAUCUUAUCGCUACCCUUCGUGAAGGCUGCUACACAUUUGCCACCAGAACCAUCGUUCGCCAAGGUAGAAAACGAAUCUGACGUUAUUGCCAUACUAAAAGAAAUACAAAAUACGGCAAAAACAGGCAAUAAAGGUGGUGCUGAAAUCGCAGCUAGUAUAAUCGCAUCGAAGGUCAACAAAAAUCAAGACCUUUUCAGUAUAGCACACUCCUACAUUAAACGCGGAGCGUUCACCGGAAUAUUACCUCGUUGCAUAUGUAAACUCGUUAGUUGCUCGUUACCUAUUUGUUACUCGAGGUGUACUAGCGCUGAGGAAGAGAAUAAAGAACUUUUCGAUUGCACAAGCUGUGUAGGCGACUGUAUACCCAUAUUUAUGCGCUGCUUAGUUGGUAUCGAUGGCUAACUU